UUGAAUGAAUGAAUGAACGGAUGGAUUGGUGAAUGUUGUUUCCAUCUCCUACCUUCUCUUUUACCUCGAACCUCUUCUUCUACCAUUAACCUCGUCUUCUACCAUUAACCUCUUCUUCUACCAUUAACCUUCUCUCCUACCAUUAACCUUCUCUCCUACCUUCAACCUCCUUCUCUCCCUUCUCCCUCUCCCUCUCCCUCUCCUUUCUACCUUCGCCUCCAACCUUCUAUCAUAUUCUUGCCGUGCCUCUUCAUUACAUCCAUCCAUCCAUCCAUCCAUCCAUCCUCCAUCCAUCCAUCCUCUCUACAUCUCACUACUCUCACUGCCUCACACGUAUCUUUCUGAUCGACCCACCCACACAACGCCUUCCGUCUUUUAUUCCCGCCCCCAUACUAAUUAAUUAAUUAAUACGGAGUGUGGUGAUGAUAAAAUAAACUUGGUUCAGGAAAAGAAAAGAAAAGAAAAGAAUCAACUCCACCGCCGUUCCACUUGGAAUCUUUGACUUUAUCCAUUAUCCAUCCAUGAUCCAUUCACCACUCCACAUAUCGGAAUCGCAUUCUCGAUAUAUCAAAUAUCAAAUAUCAAAAGCUCCCAAAAUCCAUCAACGCUACCAAAAAGUAUCCACGUUUUCAUCUUAGUGGUUUUCAAGUGUCUCAACUCUUCCGAAUGCCCCUCUAUCGCUCGAAUCAUAUCAACAUCAAAAGGUCCAAGCAUCACAAGUAUCCCACUUACUUAGGAACAACAACAACACCAACACCAACACCAACAACAACUACUUUUUCUUACUUUUACUCCAUAUCCUUCUAGAAUAAUACUUAGCAUUACCAAUCCGGAGUCUUGGAAUAUUGCCCUUGAAUCAGCUUCAUGCCAAAUCAUACAUACAAUUCGAAACACCACGUUUUCUACCACGUUAUUGAUGUACCACCACUUGGAUUCAAGGAACCAAAAAAGAUACAGUCAUGUUAGUGUCUAUGGCCGGAGUCGUCCGUCAUCAAUAAGUUGAUUUACUUUUUUACCAAAAGUGUUGAAUACUACUUCAACAACCCCUCAAUAUUCACUCAUAUCCAUACCUACUCGAAUAUAAUUCUCAAUUGACUACUUCGAAUCUACAUUACAUACUUUUCCUCUUUGACAAUCCACUAUCAAUACACCGCACCGAAUCUAUCUUACCUUUCGCAAGUAAACCAAACCAAACCAAUUUCAAAAUGCCUCAAUACAUGCGAAGAUAUACUACCGAUCAUAGUACGAGUAGUAGAAAUUCACGUCGGAGUGAUGAAUCUUCUCAAGAAUCUCAUAGCACAGCACCUACCUCAAUAUAUGGCAGUCCUCGACCAUCAAUCCAUCAAUAUUACGCCGAAAAACCCAUCUACUACCAAAAGGAUAGUAUAGAGUUGCCUCCUUAUGACAUAUCCCCAGCAGCAACACAGUAUCCUCGAUCAUCUCAAGAAACAUACGCUUCAACCUCUCCAUCUCAAGAAGAUCUUUUUGACGAACCUGAAGAUUUUGAUCCAGAAUAUGAAGUACCGGAAUAUAAAACUGUGGUUGAAAAUAACUUGAGACCAUCCACCGCUCAAGAUUUCGCACAUUUCUUUCCUUCGACAAAACGUUUAUACAUUCGUCAUGAUGAUACUUCUUAUGAUGGAAAUAUGAAUCUUCGCGUCGAAACUGAAGAUGGCCAUGGUCAAGAUAAAGAAGUAAUUCAACUCUUUCAUCUUCGAAUGCAUGAUCUCAAGAACAGAGAAUUUAGUCUUCGUCGAUACGAACGCUCAAGUGGUCGAGAAGUUUGUCAUUCGAGUAUGAAAUACGCAAAAUCUGCCGCUGAAAGAAGACCUUCUUCAUUAACUCGUUCGGUUAGUAAUGCUUUUGCAAGUAUUCGCAAACCAUCCAUGUCAAGAACAAAUUCUGCAGUUUCUACUCAUAAACCUACGGGAGGAAUCAAAAGACAUGAUAGUGGUUAUGCGUCAAAUUCCGAUUCCGAUUCCGACGUCGAAGCAUUCAUGGCUUCAAAAAAACCAGCCGCCUCUCAGAUCCCUACCAACACUACCAAGCUAGAAUUUUCCAAUUACGCUCAAGUAGAAGUUAAGCGUCGUGGAGCAAAAGCUUCAAAACGUUAUGAAUUCGAAUAUUGGGGUCAUUCAUAUUCAUGGAAACGUGUUGUGGAAAAAGAUGGAGAAGGAAAAGCUAUUUCCUAUCAUUUAUUCAAAGGGGAUUCCGGAGCAGCUGUGGCGCAUAUUGUACCGGAAUUGAGAUCACCGGCUCAAAUACAAGAGGAGGAAUUAGUUGGGGGUUGGGUACCACCUUGUCAGAUGUGGAUUAGCGAUAGGAGUGUUUUGACGGCUGUUACAGAUGUUGCUGAGUAAGUAUUUCAUUGUUUCUUUCGUACAUAUUCAUCUUCUUUCCAAUCCUACCCACAGAACAAAUCUAACGUUCCAAUAGCGUCAUCAUCUCCACUGGCCUCAUAGCCCUCGUCGACGACAGCAUAAAACGACAUUUCGACCUUAAACCCCACUCCAAACCCACCUCAUCUCAUUCCUCCCACUCCUCCCACUCCCACUCCCAUCCCCACUCAAACUCGCAUUCAAACCCCCAUACAAAUCCAACCUCACAAUCACAUUCCCCCCGCACCCAAAUCACCGUCCCCCUCCACCCCCUCAAAAUGGACAUGGAAUUCGUAAAUCCCCGCACGAUGGUCGAACACAUGUUUAAGCGGAGAAAUUCAGGAAGUUCAAAUAAAUCACCCACGGAAGAGAAGAAAAAACAUUCUCCGCUUAGAUAUGAAGAGAGGGUUGCUUAUAUGGGGAGAGUGUAGGGUUUCAAGAGAGAAACCGAUAUCGACAGAUGUUUUUGAUGUGUUACAGAUUUGGAUAUGGAUAUGGAUACGGAUAUGGAUACAGACAGAUGCAGUACAGCACAAGUACAGAUUUGGAUUACAGGACAUUUUGGUUGGUUAGUGGGUUUUGGUUGGGUUGGUUGGUUGGUUUUGGUGGAUGGGUUGGUAAUUUUGAUAAUUUGAUGGUUUCUGAAGCGAAUGAAAUGGGUGGAUAGGAUGCGUAUGCUGCAGGUGUUUAGGAUCGGGAUGGGGAUUGCGGUAUCACUGUUAAAGUUAAAGUUAAGGCUAAGGAAAUUUCACAAAUGGAAAUGGGAAAGGAAGUUUUGUUCGCGAUCUUGGUCGUAAUUCAUUUAUUUAUUCCUUUCUUUACGAUUUGUUUUUUUAUUUGUUUAUUUAUUUACAAACACAAGCAAAAGAAGAGUACAAGCGCAGGCUGGAACACAAUGGGAAGCAAUAUAUGGAUGAAUGGAUCAAUAAAUAUGAGGGGGUUGAAUUGGUACACAGUACACAAGUAUAUGUAUGUUAUGUUAUGUAUAUUUAAAUGAAUGAGCUUGGAUAAAAGAAAAGAAAUGAUUUCGGAUAUCAAGGCAAAAU